GUCGGCAGCCACCCUGGCGUGAAUGGCAGCAGAAUGUGGGUGUGAGAUCGCCUCCAAACCCACGUCUCUUGGUUUCAAGUCAGGCUCCCGGGCGACAUGGUCGGCGGUGGAUUUCAGUUAGAUCUUUCAGACUCAAAAUGUUCUCCACACCUUCUCCUCCUCGGUCUGAUCCUUCUUCAUCACACUACGUUCUCCUCUCACGGCCGAGCAUCUUCAGUGAUUUUGGAUCCGACGAUCAUUUCCCUCAAAUAUCAGCACUGUGGGGUUCACCCAGACGGCGUCCGUGAUUUAGAUUGUUUUAGUACAAACAAAAAAUCAGGGCUUAAAACCUGUAAGUGGAAACCAGGAGACGGCGCAUCAGACAAGACGUACACACUCACCAUACAACAAAGCAAUAAAUUUUUCCGCGCUCACAUCAACAUCACCGGCGUCUCGAAGGAGAUCAGGUUAUAUGAAAACUACAACAUGACUGUGGAGGUUUAUGAAAACAGCGAGUCAGCAAACUGCACUAAAGCAGUUUUCCGAGGUUCACCAGAGAAGUUGUGGCGAUGUGGUCCUCCACACACCGCGUCCUUCAGCCGCCACUCUGGGAGAUUAGCUGUGGAUGUGAGCUGGCCACAGGGCGACAGGAAGUACAUUCAGGAUUACGACAUUAGAUAUAAAGCAGCGGACAGCCUACUGUGGAGUGAGUCACGAUCCCGAAACAGAGAGAAAUGUACAGUGGAGCAUGUGAACGCCUCGCUGGUCUACACUGUGCAGAUAAAGUGCGUCGCUACGAGUAAAUGCUCGCAGUGUUUAUGGAGUGACUCCUACACCGUCCCAUCAGAACUGAUGACGCAGCCUGUCAUCGUCAGCCUUAAAGAUGAGGACUUUGCAGGGAGUAAAGGCCGCCGGCUAAUCACUUUAACCUGGAGGUUUUCUGCCAAAGAGCUGCAUGAUGGGUACCGCGUGACGGUCAGGAAGGCAUCGGGAGAGGCCACGCCGGAGCAGAUCAACACCACGCAGCCUGAGAUUACACUGAUUCUCUCCUAUUCAGCGUAUCAUUUCAACAUCAGUGCCGUCAACAACGCCAGCACUUCUCCAGGCGUGACUUACAUUAUACCACAGAGAGAAGACGAGCCCGCUACGGGAGCUGGGAAGCUGAACGUGACAGUCCACAGCAACACGUCUUUUACAAUCUACUGGGAAGACAAUCUCAUCAAAAAGUAUGUCUGCUACUCCGCAGAGUGGAUUAAGAAAGGACAUAAAUCAGCCCACAUGUCUUUUUUUCAGGAUGCAGACAACUGCAAGACCAUAUCUCCUCUACCAGAGCCUCUGGAGCCUUACGUGAGAUACAGCAUCACUCUGCACACCAGACCCAACAAGGACACCUGCAACAUGAAGCGUAUCAACAACAGCGAAAGCACCUAUGGGAGCACACAGUUCUAUUUCAUUGAAGGAUCUCCUGUCAGUGCCCCAAACAUCAGCAACCACAAUGUGACUCUGAACUCUGUGCUGCUGCAGUGGACGUCCAUCCCAGAGGAGGACAUCCAAGGUUUUCUACUGGGCUACAUAAUCCACUACACUGAGUUUCAAAAUUGGGGGGCAAGAACAGAGAGAAAUAUUACAGUGGAUCCAGAAAUAAACAGCUACAAAUUGUCAGAUCUUAAAAGCGGCACCGCGUACGAAGUCCAAAUAUCAGGCUUCACCCGCGCAGGAGAGGGAGUACGAAGCAAAGAAAGCCUCUUCAAAACAACCCCUAAAGAUUCUAAUCUCGGUUUCAUCGCAGUCUUUGCAGUCUUGGCCAUUGUGCUGUUUUGCGGACAUCCGAUAAUAAAAAGGACAAAAGUCAUUUUGUGGCCAAGCAUACCCAACCCAAGGAAUAGCAAUGCAAUGCAGAAAAUAGAAGGAAAUUGUGAACUGGAACUACUACAGUCCCUCAAAACCCUGCAGGUGGAAGAAUGGGAUACAAACAGUCUUCAGAUCGUUGAGAAAGAAGACGUGCUCCCUGCUAGCACGUUAACAUCAAUGCUACCGCAUCUCCAUUCCUCAGAGGAUGAGGAAGACUCUGAAGACAUGUCUUGUGAGUGGUUCCAAAGAGACAGCGAGGAUCCGUCUGACGACAUCUUCCCAGACGAUAGUACAGAGUUGGUCUCGGAAAUCGAACGGACAGACCUCCAGACCCCAACUCAGGCAUUUCCAACGGGAUACACAACGAUGGAAAUGUUUCAGCAGGGGAUGCCUCAGCCAGUGAGUACACCAGUUACUCAAGAAAAUGAACCAGAGGAAGCGGACUUGACCGCGGUGAAAUCAAGUUUGGACUACGUGAGGCAAUUUAGCACCAGUCCGAUCUUGGACAGCGAGGAUGUCUCCACGAUUUUAUGAAAACAGGCCCGCAGAGCAUGAAGAAACAGGAACACACGGAUUAGAACAACUAUCCUCCAUGAAUGUUUGACUCAAUCCUCGAUGGCCGUCCUCGGGGGCCAGAGGUUCAGGAGCGCAUCUUACAUAAUCAAGAGCAAUACUUGUACAGUAUUAAGCACUGGGUUUAAGUCAGAUGCCAAAAUUACUGUUGAGUAAACAAGUUGCAAUGGUGCAAAGUCAGAAUUUCAACUGGAAAGCCUAGGAAGUUGGACGCACCUCGGACAUACCGCGAGCUCCUCAGGCGGUUUGUCUCUCUUCCUACCUCUCUACUAUACCUCUGUAUACGUGCACUACUUGAACAAUCUCCUCUCACCAGUCACAUACACUCCUUAAGUUACAGUAUCUUAUUUCGAUCUCACUCGUUGAAAACACAACUGGAAGUGCCCUGAUUUACAGAUCAUAACUGGUCGCUGAAAGAAUGUAAAAACUCACAGUUAUUAAUCAUCACAUGAACAAGAGUCUACAGUCAUGCUUGAGUGCAGUAAUGCUAUUGCUAGAUGCUAACGUCAGCGUGCUUACAAGCACACAAUAAAAUGCUAGCACCACAAUCGCUACCAGGUUGGACAUUGUACUUCAGUUUACCUUGCUUGCACAGCUGAAAUUGUUAAUUUUACAGAUAUUACUUCAUAAACCACAAUCAUAUAUUGACCCGAGGGUGGUGCUACAUGCAAACUGAGGGGAUCAUGAGCAACAGGAAUGUCAGUAGCAUUGAUCUGAAAUAUGGACUCAAGUGCCUUAAACUUACAGUUUUUUAUGGCCAGCAGGGGGGGGCAAGACCACUGGUUUCAAAUAGAAACUUAUGAGAAAAUGUCUUUUGACUUUUCACCUGUUUUAUUACCUCACUAAAGAGUUUCUUAAUGAGUUUAAGUCUCAAUCAUUAGUUUUAAGUCCAAGACGAUGUUCAGUUUGUAACUUAUGUUCCCAGUUUGGGUAAAACAGACAAUAAUUGUUAAUUGUUAAUUUUUACAUUUUAAAAUAUUUUGGCAACUUUCAAAUGCUGUUUCGCGAACUACAAAACUUCCCCAUACUUUCCAUUGGUGUGUGGGUUGAGUAGAUUAUGAUAAGAUAUGUUCACGUUAUGGUAAACUUACCCUUCAAAUCCCAAAGCAUGAAAACGGAGGCUGACGGGAGGAGAAUCAUUAGUAAUCAUACUUGGUGGAGAAAAAAAAAAGGGCAAUAAAACAAACAAAAAAAAAUAACUGAAUGAAAUGUCUCUUUAUUGAGUGCUCCUGGAAACAGAUCAGAUGCAUCGUUAGAUUCAAACUGAAGAGGAUCACGUACGUACACCCAAGCUCUUCAAAAACAGUGUCACUAAACCUUUACAUCAAGUGCCCAAUCCCCCCCCACCCGGAUCAAACCGUGAAUCUUUACUACAGUAUAUUCCAGACGUAGUGGGUAUAAAAAAUAAAAUUCUUCAUACUGUCAGUUGUGUUGGAAAUACUUUACUAAACUUUAUCAUGAGUUCACUUCGUACUGAAGCCUUGUGUACGUAAAAAAGCAGCAAAAGAAAAAAAAAAUUACAAUCAAAUUAGGUUUGUUAAAGCCAUUUCAGUGGAAUUUGGCAAAGACAGUCAUAAAGUCUUUAAGUCCUCUUUUCAAAAGUAAACCUUUUAAAAUGUUACAAGCGUUUUUAUGAAAACUUAACCUGGGGCCAGCUUGCACACAAAAUGAACAUACAUUUUUGACACGAUCACAAUACUGCAAACUGCAACACCGAAAAAAGACGGAAAAAAAACCCAACAAAAUAUU